AUGAGUACAGUCGGCUCAGAGCACGUGUUUUUGACUGCUUUACAGCCCAACACUUCAGUCUCAACUUACGCCCUCCCGUCUGAGAUCAAAGUCGGGAAUGGGGGCUCCGUGUCUGACGACUCUGCGAAAGCGCGACGCGUCCAGCAGCAGAUCCAGAUGAGACUGGCGGAAAAGUCCACACUUCCGCGUCAGAAUGGAUCCACCUCACACUACGCCAUGUCAGAUUACGGUGGUUCAUCGUCAGUGAAAUAUAACACCUAUAACCCAAGUUUCAGCUCUAAAUCAUCCUUCAUGUACUCUGGUUCCAGAACAAUUGGUCCUCAACUGUCUCAAAGGUCAGGCUUCAGCAGCCGUUCUGCCGCCCCAGACAUGGCUGAGUUUCAGAGGAUGAGUAUUAGGAGUGGAGGUCCAGGUUAUGCUGUUGGUGGUGGCGGUGGGGGUUUUUAUCAAGAAGAAAUGCGCAUGGGGACCAUGAAACGAAUGGACCCAGAAAUCUCUACGCAUUCAAUGCAGCCAGUGCCAAUGCAAAUGAGGGGCUGGGCUGUCGACAACAGCGAUGCUGGCAGUUUAGUCUCCGAACGUGACGCCACCUAUGGUCGCUCGUAUGCUCAGAGCGCGGUCAAUGGCUACACGAGCCAGAUGAUGCAAGGAGGUGGCAGCUCGGGCUUUCAGUCAACCAUGCGCCGAUCUCUAAGCGGCACUCUUUCCCGUGGCGGAGGGGUGCCAGCAGGUGGGACAGAGAUUGUCCAUCAGCAGUCCUUCAAAGGCCCGGCCCACCGCACCAUCAGCAGGAUUACAAACCGUAACCGGAUGAGCAUGGGCUCCAUGUCUGGAACCAUGCAGCAGACGUCAGGUGGGAGCAUCUACGGGGGAGGUGGAGACACUGUGGACCGAGGGUUCGUGAUGUCCACGAUGUCUGGCUCCCAGGGGAACCUAAUGAUGCAGCGUCAAGGCACCAUGUCCCGUGCCAUGUCGGUGAAGAGCAUGCAGAGUGUGGGCAGGGGCAUGGACAUCUACGAUGGGCAGAUGGAGUUGGGAGCCAGCAUGGGCAACCUGAGCGGGUUGGACAUGCAAACAGCAGUGCAGUACCUGACAGAGGGAGAUCCCAGCCUGCAGGCCCUGGGUGCCGCAUACAUCCAGCAUCAGUGUUACAAUGACAAAGACUCUAAAAAUGAGGUGCGUCAACUGGGUGGCAUUGGUGAUUUGGUGCAGCUGUUCAACAGCGAAGACCCAGAAGUACGGCGCUACGCCACUGGUGCCGCACGCAACAUCAUCUACGAGAACGCGGAAAACAAGGCGGCCCUGAUCGAAAAGGAUGGCAUCCAAAAGCUCGUCAAGGCGCUUGAGGAGAAUGAUGAUGAGCUCCGCAAAAACAUCACAGGUAUCUUGUGGAACCUUUCAUCCAAAGAAAACCUUAAGGAGACACUAGCCAAAGCGACACUUUCUACACUUACUCAAAAGAUCCUCAUCCCGCUCUCGAAAAACGAGAUGGAUCGGACUGCGCAGGCGGAUUCAGACACAGAAAUCCCUCCUGAGUCCCCUUCUGAGACAGAAAUCUUCUGCAACGCCACAGGAUGCCUCAGGAAUUUGAGCUCUGUGAAUGAAAAGACCCGUCGGUCGAUGAGAGAAACAAAUGGACUUGUGGAAUCUUUGGUGAACUACAUCACAGCCUGCCUCAAAACAAACAGAGCCGAUGACAAGGGGGUGGAGAAUUCGGUGUGUAUCUUGAGGAACCUCUCCUACCAGCUCUACAGCGAACUUCCAUCUUCUGUUUUAGCCCGCAUUGAACCAAACAGAGAUCAGGACAAUGGGCUGGGCGAAUCCAUCGGCUGCUUUACACCUCAGAGCCGAAAAACCAAAACUAAAAAGAAGCAGUAUCAAAUUAUAAAUCAAGUUGCUAAAGUGCCAAAAGGUAUGGAGUGGCUCUGGCAUCCUGAUAUUUUGAAGGUGUACCAUGAAUUGCUGAAAAAAUGCGAAAUCAACUCUAACACCCGCGAAGCAGCUGCUGGAGCACUGCAGAACAUCACAGCUGGAGACAAAAGGUGGCCUGCGGCGCUGAGCGAUAUGGCUUUGGACAAAGAACGCAUGCUGCCAACCAUUCAAGAUCUAGUACAUCGUUCUGCCAAAGAUGCAGAGCUCCGUUCGCUCACAGGUUUCCUACGAAACCUUUCCCGCCAUACCGACGAUAAAGACGAAAUGGCCAAAAAGACUGUGAACACACUGGUGGAUAAACUGCCUGCGGAUGGAAAUCAGAAGUUUCCCUCCAGCGAAUCGGUGGUCAACAUCUGCGGUGUUUUCAAUAACCUGGUGACUGGCAGCAUGAGUGCAGCCAGAGACAUCGCCCAAUAUGAAGGCCUGACAAAACUGAUGGGUAUCUACGACUCACGACGCAGCAGCCUUGAUAACAAUAAGGCAUCCACAGCAGCAGCAACAGUUCUGUCCAACAUGUAUCAUUACAAGAAGCUGCACAGACAGUACCAAUCGAAAGGAUUCACAAAACAGUAUCAAUCAAUGCUAUCGAUCUAAAGCUGAGGUAACUUGGGACAAAUUCAAUUCUACAACAGCGAACAAUCCUGAAGUCUACCAGCACUCAGUGGAAGAAAUCUAUACCAUGGUAACAUCUGCUCUGUCUUCACCUGCAAUAAUUUAUGUUAUGGAUAUCAAUACACAAGUAACAGAGGAUCCAUCCAAAGGAAAUGUCAGUGGGCAUCAAUGCAGUGCAAGAAUUUAUGGAUUCUAAUACACAUAUGCGCACCUUAAGCAUUUACUCUCUUUGUUAGAUCACUGUAUGCGUUUUAUGUAUAAUCAGGGAUUUAUUUUCUGUCACAGCGGUUUUAAAGCAGUUGAUGGACAAUCUGAUGGACACUUGUGCCUUAGGUUUUAACAAAACUCCCUGUUUUGUCUCUCUCAUUUACGGUUCAGAUGCAAGAUAGCCUUGUUUUUGUAAAUAUUGCUUUUUCUUUUGCAUAGAAAUGACAUGUGUUUGUUUUAUAGACA